GAAGAGCGUCUUACUUGAAAAGGCAGGAUGAAAGACCGGCUGAAUGAGCUGCACGAGCUUGCCAGGCUGCAUAAUGAGCAUUUUGCUCCCGGGGAGGAUGAUGAAAAUGCACCCCGUGACACGCUGCUSUAUGAGACCGAUUAUGCCUUGGCAGCUCUUCAUAAAGACAUACAGAGCAUCCGGACAGAAAACAGCCACCUGAAAGAGGAUGUCAAGAGGCUCAGGAAACAGAACAGCCGCUUCCUUACUUCCAUGCGCAGUCUCAGUAGCAUCAAACGGGAUACUAGUAGCAUUGCCAGAGACAUCAAGGCYCGUGGAGAAGGCAUCCAUAGGAAAYUGCAAAUAAUGAGAGAUUUCAGCGACGACGCUGUGACAAAAUACGGUGCCUCCUCCGUCAUUGCCAGGGUAGCAAAGAGCCACUAUGUGGACAUCAUGCACGCCUUCCAGGAGGCCAUGUUCGAGUACAACGCCACGGAGAUGAGGCAGCGGGAGAACUGCAAGAUUCGCAUUCAGCGGCAGCUCGAGAUUAUGGGCAAGGACGUUUCUGGCAACCAGAUCGAGGAGAUGAUCGAGCAAGGCAAGUGGGAUGUCUUCUCCGAGAACCUCCUGUCGGAUGUUAAGGGGACUCGCUCAGCCCUGAACGAGAUCGAGACGCGGCAUAAAGAGCUGGUGAAGCUGGAAGGUCGCAUCAGGGAAGUCCACGAGCUCUUCUUGCAGGUGGCCCUGCUAGUGGAGGAACAGUCAGACACCUUUGACAUCAUUGAGCUCAAUAUGCAAAACGUUGAGGACUACGUAGGGGAAGCUAAAGACCAAGUGAAGAAAGCUCUAGAGUACCGAAGGAAACACCCUCUUAGAACCAUCCUCUGCUGCUGCUUGUCGUGUUGCAGAAGGUGA